CGAUAGUUCAGGUCUCUUUCUAUCUCGAUGCCAAAAUCCUUAUUUUCACGCGUAGAUCGAUCUCUUAGUUUUACAGCCACGAGACAUCUUUUCGCCUACCAAUUCAUCUUACAACAACAAUUCAACUCACCAUGAACAGCCAGACGAUAUCCCUUUUGCAACGACCACCGGUAAGAUCGAGAGCGAUACGCAAAUCUCUGCCAGCACGUCCAGUCCAGGAUGUCGUGGAGCUUCCUCGACAAUCAGAGUCGGCUCCCGACACCCCGCUCAAUUCCUGUGCGGACCAAUCUAGAAGGAGAGAAACCAAGCCAGAAACAAGUAGCAAUCUUUAUACUCAUACUGCCCAAAUACCUCCGGAGAGCAGUCAAGUUGACCCAGCCGCAGGGACUCUGUGGGUGCCAACAUCACGCCAAUCGAGCGCAACUCUCGGCGAAUCAAGAUCACUUGUUCACAGCCCGUCUCUAACCAAUGAGGCCUUACGUAAAGCAGAUUUAUUCGGCGACCUUGUUUUGAGCGGGUUCAACAGUCUGUUCAAUCCCAAUCGUUCGCUCGCGCAAGACCCGCUUAUAUUUCCAUCGCCCGUUUUAAUUCAGACAGCACGACAUUGCUCAAGAUACAAUCCCUCUGUACUGGAGCAGGCAGAGCUAACGCGUAAAGCGCAUAUUUUGACACUCCCAGAGCGUCGAAAUCCAAAUCUUGUUGUGUCUCGAGGCCAUGAGGAACUCAUCCCACCAUUAAAGAAGAUCUACAGAGAUGACAUCGAUCUAUUUCUGUUCGUGUUUGCAAGAUGGGCCUUCAAAGUGGACGCCGAUGCCGAAACCGGAAACCGUAUGUACGACAUCCUCUCGAAGUUCCAAACUCAGCUGGAUUUUAUGGAACGCAACCCUGUACCCCCACCAGUCAGCCAUGCCGCACAGAAUGGGCUCGAUAUUGGUCGCAUGAUUGCCCGUCGCGCUUCUCAGACCCAGAGAGAAUGGUUAAUUCCCGCUGUCAGCCAUAUGUUUUUCACCUGUCACCAGCAGGCCGAGCAGACUUUGAAUGUAAUGGAUGAGGAAGAGUAUGCCGCAUACAAAGAAUGGGGUCCUGGUAGUUGGAUGGAUGCACAGCUCAGGGAGAAAUUCUUCUUUGAGCAUGCUUUUAGGUCGCUGGAGAAGUACAAUGUCGAUGAGAUUGAGAGGAGACUAGGUGGUGCUGCUGGUAGGGGAGUCAGUGCGAGUACUGUUGUGGAUCGAGGAGACAGUCGUGACAAUAGAGAGGGACGAUUACUGACCUGGGACGAGAUUCAUGAAACCGGCGACUACAUGGAGUUGUUGUUCUUGAAGACUGGAGGAUGUGGAUCUUUCCAACUCUGAAUAUCUCCGAUUUGUGGGGCACUGACUUCUUUGGUUUUUUUAUAUUUAGCUUCCUCAGUAGACACGUGGCUGGACUUGGAGUUGAAAGAUAUGUAACAGUGAUAUCGGGAACCUGCCCAUGCAUUUGUAUAUGCAACUCUACACUUUGU